AUGGAGGCAGAGUCGGAGAGGGCGGUUUCUGCCAUUCUGCCAAAGCGUCCGAGGUCAGCUUGCCCGCAACGACUAAUCUCUGGUCUCGGCGACGCUGCUCUAUCCGUGCCGCAGUGGCAACGGUCCGCUCCUCGCCCGCUCGUUCGGGCGCAGACUGCGUUAUUACAUGCUACUCCCUGGCCGUGGCGUUCGUUCACAUGCCCCGCCGUCAUCAUCCAACACAUCAACGGGAUGGCCCGCUCCGCCGACCCGUACACAUCCUCACCCCCGGUCGCCAACGACCAGCAUCUCCAGAGACGUCGUGCCAUCACGCCCCUUUGUCAUCCCCGCCUCGCGGCUCCUCAGCCCACACGCUCCCCUAUGAGCUCCAGACGAUCCAUCUGGCAUCCUGACCAUCUUGUUUCCCCCGUUCCUCCGUCUCGCAUGCCUGUCCAUGUACACAGCUCCAGACCCCAAAGGCUUUUCCGCACCCUGCAAGUUACGCGAGAUUGA